CGUCCAUCUUUAGUUGCAUUGGACUAUUGGGAAAAAAGAUCGUUUUGUGCCAAUGUUUCCAAACCACUUGAAGAAAUAUCUGUAAAUAAUAUUGAAUAGAUACGUUGGCUGUAGAACAUACAACUCCGAUGUCCACUUCUGUCAAGUCCAACUUGUAUGCUUUAUUGUCUGACGACGCAGAAGAUGCCACGGAAGCAGUUGUUCGAAAGGCCUCCACUCAAGACAAAACCAAAACCUCCUCGGCAUCUACUAAAACAACAACUUCUAAAGUAAAGAUACCACAAGUGGAUUCGUUGCCAGUAGCAGAAGAAGACACAACCUUGGCAGAAGAAGAGGACAAAGAAAAACACUCGCCACACAAAUUGGAGAGGCAUCAUGUGCAAGUAGUCAAAAAGCAUGGAAGAGAGUUUGAUCGUCAUUCUGGAACAGGACGUGGAAAGGAGAUAUCCAAAGGUGGUGCUGGUGGCAGAUAUGUGUUUGGGAAUCCAGAAGAAGAAGCAAGAAAGUUGAGCCAAGGUGUGAAUACUGCGUUUAGGUCUGGACUUAAGGACGAUGAAGCUGUAAGAUCAGUAGAAGAAAAUAUAGUUGAUGAGGUAGAAGGUGAAGAGACCGAACAAGAGACUAUUACUGGUACUACAACAUCUGGAAAAGUUGAAGAAGAACCAAAAGAGACUUUGACACUAGAUGAAUAUUUAGCUAGGCAAGCAGAGAAAAAGUUACAACUUGCCAGCUUGUUGGGAAACAAACCUGCCAAAGCUAAGGAGACAAAUACUUUGGAUGACAGUUUGAAGCCUUGGAGGAGAGAAGAUGAAGAUGAUCCAACUUUAUCGGAAAUAGGGCAAAAGAAUUUGCAGCAAAAUGCCGCAAAUAAUAGACAAAAGGAUGCUAAGAAUAAGACAGUAGAUAUGACGAAGGAGUUCUUCAGUGAACCUCCAAGACGUGGAAGAGGUCGUGGUAGUAGAAGAGUAGGAAGAGGUUCGGGUCCUAGAGGGACUACAGGCAACUUUCGACGUGAAGUGAAAAGUGAAGAUGGAACAGUUCAAGAACUUUUAGAAGAUAGCAAGGAUAGUAGACGAAGGGGAGGUUUUAGUUCUCGACCCUUCGAUAGUAGAGGUUAUUCUAAUGGUCCUUCUCGUCGUGGAUUUUCUUCAAGAGGAGCAUCAAGCAGAGGCGGAAGAGGAGGAGGUCGAGGUGGUUUUCGUGAAAGUCGAAUAUCAACUCCAAGUAUUUCGGAUCCCACCGACUUUCCAACUCUUUCUUAAGAAAAGAAGAGGAAAGACUAUCACCUUUCCUUGUUAUGGGGCAAUAUCAUUUCCUUAAAAGGCAUCCUAAAAGAAGCAUUUGUUUUGUGUUGUUUUGUUUGCAUUUCCAAUAGUUUACGAAAGUAAAUCCUCGCAAUGUUUCGUAAGCA